GUGGGGAAGGGGUGGAAAAUGUUGGUGACCGUCAUCUGACUAAUCUCUACGCACGUAGUUGCGCAAUAAUGGGUGGUGGGGAGACUGGGACUUUAUAAAGGAAUGUACUUCUCCAAUCUGCUGAUAACUACCUUGUAUUGUAACAGCAGUGAGUCGGACGUAGCAGUAUGUAAGUGUCUGCAAGUAUCUCAGGCAGAGGACUGUGUGACAUCCCCUCCCUCAGCACCUCCCAUCUCCCAGAGGUCUGAAGAGAGAGACAACAGUGAGAUGACUUCCGAAGUGGAGCCCAGUGAAGAAUGCAAGGAGGCCAGUGAAGACGUCGCAAUGUGUCGGAGCAGUGACUCAUCCAAAGCUCCUCUGUCCAGUGUCACUUCCCCUCUAGGAAGUUCAGGCCCCACACCUGAUGAGUCAGAGGUGUCGAUGACAAAUUUGGACCCGCAGCAGUUGGAAACAAAUGUCGCUGAUACAGCUGGCAAUGCAGCACUCGACACAGGCUCCCAGUGUUUAAGCAUUGACACCUUGCCAGAUGAAAUUUUGCUAAAGAUAUUUUCCCACCUGUCUUUCAGUGAACUGGUUGAUAUACAGAAAGUGAGCUCCCGUUGGAAAAGGCUGUCACAAGAUGCAGAGUUAUGGACUGAUAAGGAGUAUGAGAUCAGGAGCUGGAGUGAUUGUGACUCAGACACCUGCAAGGGUGGCAGGACCGACCGAGAGGCAAUACAGACUUUCUGUGAUGUGCCAAACUUGCGUAAAGUUUGCAUGCGGCGUGGUGCCAAAUCUGGUGUCUUCCGUGCACUCUACAACAAAUGCCAGAGACUCUCCGAGCUGCGCCUGCAUUACACGCAGAAGCUCAGCUACUCAGUGCUGAAGAACUUGGUUGAAAAGUGUUCCGGGAUACACACUCUGAGGAUAUCCAAUGAACUGCUGAAGUCUGAGAAAUUCUCAGAGGCAGUGUCCCAUUUACAGAACCUACGUGUGCUGGAUCUGGAAGAAUACUUUUCGGAAAACACUCCCGUGCUGCGACCUUUGGGUGACGGGUGCCCACGACUAGCCGAAGUUGACUUUGGGUGGAUGACUAUUGAUAUGGAAGAUCUGAGGUACUUCCUGAAUGCCAAGAGGAACACCCUGAAAUCUGUACGCAUGAAGUGGGCAAUGGUUGGAAAAAGGUGUGUCCUACCGCUGCUGACAGUCUGCGCCAACAGCUUGGAACGUCUGCAACUUUACGAGUUCGACAUCGUCCGUGAUGAGGCGAGGGAGGCAUUUAUUGCCCUGGGAAGUCUAAAAAACUUGCAGGAACUUAAGAUUUCACUCAUUGAUCCACCACCACCCGGCUCAGCUGCUCUGGCAUUUAAGGCUGGUGGCCUCCCAAAACUGAGACUGCUUGAUCUACGAGAAAGUUUCGGUGUGGACAGUGACACGAUAAUUGCUGCCAGCCGUGGGUGCCCUGCAUUGCGAGAACUGAGUGUCAGAGGUGCCGAGCUGCUGUCUGAUGCUGCUUUCUCUCAGAUCUACCGUCUGCAACACCUUGAAAUACUGGACUUAUCGUGCUGCAAAGGUCUUGGUGGGGACGUGAUACCUUGCCUUGCCAGGCUACCGCAUCUUCACACAUUGUCCAUGGAAGAAAUGGAGUUUCCAAAGCUGCAGCCAGGUCUGAGCAGCAUUGUCGAAUUGUCUGGUUUGCGCUGCCUGACACUCAACUAUUCCCUUGUUACUGGAGUCCCAUUUGAUAAGUUUCCUGGCAAGCUUGUCAAUCUAAGGGAGUUGAAUAUCCAGUGGUGUCGAGGUGACCCUAAAGCUACGGAAGGGCUGACAGAGCAGAUGCCCGACCUCGAAAUCCAUGGCAACAUUGAAGAGGAAGAACGGGCUGACGACACGGAAGGUCACGAAAGUGACGCGGAAGUUGCAGAGGAAGGAAAUGAAGAGAAUGUGGGUCCUGGAGAUGCAGAUGAUGUGCAGGAUGGCGGUUCAGAAAAUGACAGUGACAGCGAUAGUAACAGUAGCAGUGAUAGUGAGAGUGACGGUGAAAAUCUUAUUUGGGGUGAAAGAGGUAUAUCUGAUCUCUUUCUGGAAAACAUAAAUGAGUGAGAACAUGUUUAUAGGAAACUGUCUCUUGCUACUAAUUGUCUGAGGAACAGUGAAGUGUAUCAAAAUGAUAACCCUGAAUGUUAUCGGCCUAUUUAUUGUAGUUGACUACAAAAUGCUGUUAAACUGAAAGUAGUUGUUUAUUUUUUAACAUUGUUGUUAAAUCUGAUUUUGCUGUGAUUUAAUGUUUUAAAAAGGUAAAGCUAUCCUCAGCCUGAGUGUUGGUUUGAACAAGUCAGUGCUUUACUAGGCAUGGUGCUGUUGGGGACAGUGCCAUUGCCUUCCUCUGACCUUCGAACUGAUUUAACUGGGCAGUUAUUGCAGGACUUGCAGUGUAACAUGUGUUAUGAACCACAUUGUAGCUCAGUUUCUCACAUUAGCGUGCAAUUGCUGGAGAUGAAAGCAGUUAUAUAUGACAAGAAAAACAUCUUUGCAUCAGUGGGGGAUCAAACUGCAUGACCUUAUAUUAUUAGCGUGCCAAUUAAUCACUGGACCUCAGGAUGCCAGACUUUUGAAGUAAGGAAAUUGCAAAUAGUUGUGGAAAAGUGUGCAGGAAAUUUAAACAUGUUGUCCGCAAAUCCCUUGGUAUUAAAAGGGAUUUGUUGACAUGUUCUUGUACAUAAAAUGCUGAAAAAGGAAACACUGAUCAACUAGUAGUUGUUAAAGGGCAUUGGCAGAAUUAUACCUGACACUGCAAUUUCGUGAUCAUUUUAAUGCCCAUAUAAAGUGUUGUUCCUUUUCUACACAUUAAGAUUUUAAACCAAAGAAUAUUCAGUGAACCAUCAGAACAUUACUGCGUUGAAUGUUGUUACUGCGUAUCAAAAUUACUAAUGCCAUUGCUCAUAACUAUGGCGUAUUUUGCCUCGUAUUUUGCUUAGUAAUUGUAUAAUUAGUAGUAAAGACACCUGUAAACAAACAAUUCGUACUUUUUUGCUGUUUGACCUUUAUUAGAAGUUACUGGUAUCAGACAUAGGUGUUACCUUGAGGAAGAAGUUUAUGAUAAUGUAUGUUUGGAGCACAGCAUUAUGGUUGCAAAACGUGGGCAGUGGAUAAACUGAAACAGAAGAAAAUUGCAGCAUUUGAGAUGUGAUGUUACAGAAGAAUGUUGCAAAUUAGGUGGCCUGAUAAAGACUGCGGAGGUUCCAUACAGAAUUGGCAGAGGUUCUCUACAGAAUUGGCAAAGAAAGGAACAUAUUGAAAACACUUGACAAGCAUGGACAGAAUUGUAUGUUAAGACUGUAGAGAAUAACCUCUAUUGUACGAUAGGGAGCUGUAGAGGGUGAACACUGUAGGGAAGAUGAGACUGGAAUACAUCUGGCAAAUAAAGAUGGAGUGUGCAAAUUCUACUUUGAGGUGAAUAGGAUGACACAGGAGAGGAAUUGGUAGUGGGCUGCAUCAAACCAGUUGGAGGACUGGUCAUUAAAAAGUGUGAUUGACAGCAGAUUUGCCAAUAUGGUGAACAUUGUUUGUGUUGUUGUUUCACUGUGUGUGUUAGGGAGAACGAGCUGUCAUUAAAAUUUAUCUCACUGUAUCUUGAGUUUCUGCUGUUGCAUAAUUUAAGAUACUGGAUAGGAACGAGCACUGGCAGUUACCAAAACGGCAUAGGUGUAGCAUCUCUCUGCCAUUUAUUAUGCAGGAAGAGGUUAAGAAGGAAAUGAAUAUUAUGUGCAGAACUUAAGGAUGGAAGUGCAGUAAAAUAAAGUAGCUGUCCAGUUUUCUGGACAAUGUAUAUGUUCCCACAUUAUGAUAGUAAUAUAAACUUUAGAUUUUAUCUCUAGACUUCAACCAUUUGCUGAACUGGCAUCCUAUAUUUUUCUUCUUUAUACACAGUGGUAAGUGCAGUGCAAGAACUGCUUAGUCUGCAUUGGGAGCCAUUCCCACUCGUGUCAAAAUGUCACACAAUAUACAGUGUAACAACGAAAAUAAUCAGUUUUUGACAAUAUAAUGUAACUGGAUGAAUAAAAAUCUAUCAAAGUGGCAGCAUAAGACCUCUCAUACAAAAAAGGUUUCAAAUAUCCAAGCUUUCGAAGCAAGUGCUCCUUCUUCUGGCAGAAGGGGUAAAGGGGAAGGUAGAGGGGUGAAGGGAGAGGACUGGAGAGGUUUAGGAAAAGGGGUAGAGUCCAGAAAAGUCACCCAGAACCCCUGGUCAGGGGAGAUUUACCGAACACCUCUUGGACAUAACUUCCAUUAACAAAACACCAUCUAACUCAAUUUUCUUAGAGGCUGUACGUUCUCACCCUGUCCAGUAAGUCUCCCCUGACCUGGGGUUCUGAGGGACUACUCUGAACUCUACCCCUUCUCUUAAACCUCUCCAGUACUUUUUCACCUUUCUUCCUUUCCCUUCAACCUUUCUGCUCGGAGGAGGAUCCACUGGCUCUGAAGGCUUUCAUAUGUAAAAUCUUGUGUUUUCUCUUCUGUUGCCAUUUGGAAAUGGACAUAGUGUGACAGCUACUUUAAAAGUGAGGUUAAAUUUGGCAAGCAUUGUUGGUACAUCUACAUACUUAUUUUGCAAACCUGUGAAUGGGGAACAGUGAAUUUAACAAACAAAUUUAAUCAAUAUCAGGGGCCCCAACCUGGCAGUACUUGGCUGGAUUAACUGUCACUUUGAAAAGCCAUGGAUGUAGUCCCCAUGGUUAUAUUUUUAUGUGACGAGGUGUGUUGGUAAAUCAGUUUUGUUAGUGUUUAGGUGCAUGAAGGAUGGGAUAUUAUAGUGUUUCCUCUUUCCAUGAAAUUUUGUAGUUCAGAUUUGUCAACUGUUACACUGUGUUGUGAUUCAAACAUGUUAAGAAGCCAUUUGUAAACUUCAUAGCACUAGUGCACCUUCAGUAUAUAGAUAAAACUGAGAUGUGAAAAGUUUAUCUGAAAUUUGGGUUACAAUUUUUAUUUCCCAUUUGCUGGCAUUGCUUUCAUAUCCUAAUAUUGACUACCCAGCAAAAGCUGAUGGCACAAUUUAAAACAAAAUAUAAUGGUUAGCUAUAAGGUGACAUAAUUCCUUGACAAUAAAAAGUAAUUGUUUGAACAGGAAAACUAUCACAAUUAAAUGCACUCUUAAUAAAACAUGAAGUAUAUCAUGAUGAUCGUCUAUAGUGCACACAAGUGUACAUUCUAUUUAUUUAUUACAAAAUAAGUGGCCGUCAUUUGCUAUAUGCUUGUACUGCACAAAUUCUUUGAUCUGGUUAUUGAUGUUAUAUAUUGUUAUGCUAUUUUCUGUAAGAUUGUUGUUGGCAACGUGUUGUUGACUUCAGUGCUAAAACUGAUGCUUUAUAUUGGCUGUGAUUAUUGUUGUAAUGUUAUUGUGUAUCUUUGUUGAACCAGUGACUGUUUUCCUACAGUUGGAAUAUAAAUAUAUGCCAUCGUGGUCUAAAUGUUAGUUUGUCCUAAAUUUUAUCAAAUGUCACUUACUGGCCAGUCUGCCUUAUAGGAUUCUAAAUUGAGAAACUUGCCACAGUGCCUGUUGAAAAGUGGUAUAUCUCCCACAAUUACCCUGCGGGCCUUCUCCAGCGCCUAUAAUUGCAGAAGCAUUCUUCUUGUUACACACAAUCUCUUGGACCUUUGGUGAUUCAGUAGAUACCUUUUUUGAUCUGCAUUAUCUUCCCAACAAUUCCUCCUCCUCCUCCCCCCCCCCCCCCCCCCCCAACCUCUGUAACCUCAUUUGCAACAUGCAUGAUUUUUGUCUGGAGGGCACUUUCCAUGGGGCAGUGAUUCUAUACCUACCAUCAUUCCCAUUGUAUAACCUACAUUGUGCAUGUACCCGCAAUCAUGUACUUAAACACCACAGCUGGGUAAUCAUACAAAAUUUGAGGUAUAUUAACAACUGACAUGAUUACUGCAUGACUUUCUUUAUGGGGAUGACUACCAAACUGCCAAAUUACUUGAAUCAGUGAUUUCAGAAGACUUGUCUGAUUUGAGGCCAUCUAGUUGAGAAGUGUGGUCUGUGACAUGACCCAAGAGAACGUUUGCCUUCUAUGCCACACAAGUAUCCUCCUGGUCAGCACUGAACUCUGGAGAAGCUUACUUUUUCCAGCAUCUUACCAUUCUCUUUGACAUAACUUCAGUUACUCAAACACCUAACCCCUUUUCCCUACAGGCUGUAUGCUAGAAUUUUAUAUUUAUUGUCCUUCAGUUUCCCUAAAAGAAAAACCCUUUUCCUCCAAAUCGUACUAACCUCACUUCCUCUUUUAAUCCACCAAUUAUACAUCACAUUAUAACUGAAAACUAUAUGUUUUUGUAAUUUUUUCUCCUCAUGACAGAGGGGUCUCUCUCUUAGCCUCUUGGUGCGUGGAUGAUCUGGCACCCUAUCCAAACUCCAAUCAAUUCCUCUUUCCUCCCUCAACAAUGAAUCUAUUCUUUGAAUGCAAAUAUUGCUGUGUUCUAUUUAAGUGUUCCUACUAGCAGCUCUGGCAGUUAGGCAAGUACUGGCCAAUGGUGAGUCCAUCUGUGUCUUGGAUUUUACAAAUUGACAACUGUCUGCCUCUCAAUAAUUUGAUACACCCAUGUGUUGUGGAAAAACAGCAAGACAACAUGAGCAAUGAGUUGGUAAAGGCAGAUUUGUGCAAGGAGUGAAAUUUACACCUUCAUUGCAAGUUGUGUGUUAACAUUUGAAAUUAACCAAUUGGUUAAUUCAGUAUAGAGUAUUUUGAUGUUAUUGGAAUACAUGAAUAAAUAUUUUAUUUAUUGAAGAAUAUUUUCAUAUUACUGAAACAUGUAUACAUUUCUGUAAUAAAUAUAUUUCUAUAAAAAGUA